CUGGGAUCAUGGAAAACCUCGAUAUGAUGGCCGCCGCGGAUUUGUUCAGGCUACGAACAACCAUGAAGCGUCAGCACACGAACCUCGUCGCGCGAAUUCACGGGAUGAUCAACAGGCGAGCGUCGCGGGUCGAAGUCAAAGUGUUGUCGGCAACUCUCGCAAAUGUGCUGGAGCGGAUCACCGCAGUUAAUGAUCAAUACGUUAUCACGGGUGGACUCGAUGAACAGGAGCAGGCAGCCGCGGAAACUUACAUUCAAGAAGUAGCUGCAUUAAGUGAACAAGUGCAGCUUGCCAUUGGAGGUUAUGCCCAUGCCGUGGCCAACAGAACAGCUUGGAAUGUCACUGACUCGAACGCUGGCCGCGUUCUGCAACCAAUUCCGCUGGCAAUUGCAGAAGAAGUGCCCGAAAACGAAAUCGUCAACCACAACCCAAUCGUCUCGGGCCUUGCCAAAAGUCGCAAUCAUGAGGACGAUAUAGGAGGAACACAAGCUGCUCGUAAUAUCACCGCUGCCCAACAGCCUACGAUUGGCGCUUUAGUUUCGAAUUUGGAUGGAGACAAAAGCGGCCGAAACGCCUCUGACGAGGCCCACCAGGCAAAAAGGAGGAGAAUCGAGCUCGAGUUUGAGCUCGAAAGGAAAAGAGUAGAGCGCUCUCGCAAAAUGGAUGAUCUGCUCCGUCAAAGUGAACGAGAAGAAGAGGAUCUCAAAAUGGCAAUCGAACGUGAAAGGAUUCUGGCUGGUGCAUUCGAGGGAGCGGUUGACGGGAACCCCAUCCAUUCUUCAACGCCAAGAGGGAACGUCAUAAAUCCAAUAGAACAAUCAUCUCGAACGCCACAGUCUUGUGAAAUAACAACAGCAUUCGCUCCACCCAGUCGCUGGCCUAAAAUUGUAGUCGAAAAGUUCAACGGGGACCCACGCAAAUAG